AUGGACUUAAGUGAGCGGGAGCUAAUCAGACGGAUAUCUCAAGCCAAUUCUUUAAGAGCUGAAGGUGACAUAGAAGAAAUCUCAACUUUCAGCAUCUACACGAUUUUGAUGGGCUUAUAUCCGAAUAAUCAAGUUUACAUUAUGAUGGAAAGAUUUUGUGGAAAGUCCCCUUUUGAAUCUGACAGUGAAGAUUCCCAACUGUUAUAUGUAAAAGCAAUUGAAGACUUGCUAUCUCUACCAGAUAGCCAAAUAAAACCAAUUGUCUCCGUGUACAAAAACCAACCUGAAAUUGUUGGGACUUUAUGCUAA